CGGUAUAAAAUAAUACAUUUAAAUUUUGACUAUUUCAGCGCCAUGCACCCAUGAGUGCGUGCGAUGCUUGGUCCAAUAUUGCUUAUACACCCUGAUGAAAGUCGCCCAUAAAAGGGCUUAGCGCUGAAAAGGCUAAGGGUUACCAUCGAAAGUGAGGUGAAUAAUUGAGGUGAAUUAGUAGCCGAGGAAGCAGCGUGGAGAACGGAUCGGGGAACAAGGACGGCAUCGCCUGAACGGAGAGGGGAACCCCGAGGACGAUCACUGAUAGUCCCAGUCAUUCCUCAGACCGCGCGAUAAGAGAAACUCUCGCUGGUAAAUCUCCUAAACGCGGCAGUCUCGGUUUGAUCGAUCGUCCAGAAGGUGUCGUAGGAUCCCCAGGAAUAGAUCCCAAGGAAAAACCAAGUCCUGGAGUCAUGCAGGACGUACAGGAGGUCGUCCUCAGGGACCUGGAGUCCGUCCUGCGCGAGAGCCUCGGGGACGAAGUCGUGGUCGAGGAGUACUCGACCAAGUCGAUCAUGCUACCCGGGGACAACUACGGGAGCACCAUCCUGGGGGUCGAAGCGACGAUCCGUCGAGGUAAGGGCGUCGACCCCGAAGAGCUGCACCUAAUAGCGAAGAUGCUGCCGCCUACGGAGCUCCAGAGGAUGAUCUUCGACAGUCCUUACAGCUUCAGGAAGGAGAUCUUCAUGUACAAGGAGAUCUUCCCAGAGUACAAUCGGCUGGAGCUGGAGAACGGCUACUCGGAGGAGGAGCUCUUCAGGGUCCUGCCGAGGUUCUACGGCAGUCGACUCACUUUGGAUCCAAAGGUCGACUUCACCGACGACGCGGUGAUUCUGCUGGAAAACCUGAAGCCCCAGGGCUACGCGAGCGGCGACAGGAGGCUCGGCUACGACCUGGAGCACGCGAAGCUGGCGAUCUCGGCGAUGGCCCGGUUCCACGCCCUGGGCAUCGCCACGAAGAUGAAGAGGCCGGAGUACUUCGAGGAGCUGAAGAGGCGCUGCAAGUGCCUCCAGUUCAAGGGGGAGAAUUUUGCGGACAGCACGAAGGCGUUCCUGGCGGCGAUCGGCGACGACCCCGAGGUUAGCCAAUACCUGGAGAGGUGCCAGGCGGCCUUCGACAGAGGGGUGGACCAAGCCUGGCACAGGGUGCCCGAAGAGCCCUGGAGCACCAUCAUCCACUCGGACUUCUGGGUGAACAACCUCCUCUUCAAGAGGGACGAGUCCGGCAGGCCGGUUGACGUUAAGUUCGUCGACUUCCAGAAUUACCUAUUCCUCAGCCCCCUCCAGGAGCUGGUAUUCUUCAUCUUCGUGAGUGUUCAGGACGAGGUCAAGGCGGCCCACGUGGAGGAGCUGUUUGACACGUAUUACUGCAGCUUCGUGUCUGUCCUGGAAAGACUGGGCUGCGACGUCUCCCCGUUCUCCAAAGACCAGUUUGUGAAGAAACUCUCCGAAGACGCCGCGCUGGAAUUCGUACACUGCAUGUUCAUGCUGAAGGUUCUUACCCUGGAAGUCGACCCGAACCAAGAUCAACCUCUAGACGUCAGCCGCGUGAUGUUGUCUAAGGGAAGUGAUGAUUAUAUGAGGAGGGUGCGCACCCUCAUCAAGUUCUACGUAGCCAGGAACUGGAUAUAAGGUGUCGAGGGGUUGGUGUGUACAGUGUAGCGGAGCCCUAGAAAAUAUUGGAUAAACGUAUUUGUUAAUAAUAGUGUAUUGGAUAAAGGUAUUUGGUAAUAAUUGCCGUACCUUAUUUGCUGGCAGAAAUCAGUUGAUAAAUUCUUAGAGGUAAGAUCUUGUUUGUGCCUGUCGUUACGUAAUUUGAUGAUAUGCUGGAUAAGUUACGAGGCACUUGAUCGAUGCCAUGUGCUGUCUGAUAGGAUAAAAACAUCUCACAACGAAAAUCACUUUGUAUUAGCUGGCACGGAGGCAAGAUAAGAGUUCGGUAAGACGCAGAAGUUGAGGUACGCGUGAUAUUAUUUCUGGUGGAGACAAAAAGUCGAUAGAGUGAUUGUUAAUCGCAGUUGAUAAUCACGUUUGAGUGUCUAGAUAUCUUUACGUCGCAAAAGUCCAUGCUCUAGCUCCACAAUUGCGUUCGUUCGUGCAAGAUUAGAAAUUAGUGCGAAAGACGUAAUUUGGGUACUCAAAGAGAUAUCUUAUCACAGCAUUACGGAACUAAGACCUCUGCGGCAGGAUUAUUUUCUACAAUAAGUCGUUAACAUGAAACUAUACAACGAUCAAUUCAUAACGAAGAAAAAAAUUGCUGUGGCGCAACAACGGCAUAAAUAAUGAUCCAGAUGAUCUGAUUUGAAAUUAAAAUCACUUUAGAAUACACGUUAAGUCUCCAGUCUUCGCGGAAAUUUACAGAACAAUUAUUGACGCGAUUACGCAAUUAAUUUAUUAUUCAUGUUUUAUUUACACUAUAUAAAGAUUAAUAUACAAGUUUCUAACCUGUAUUAAACAA